AUGGUUGGAGACCGAGGAGGCAACCCCCACACCCUCCUUAUCUUAUAGGAGAAGAAGAGAACAGGGUGAGAGAGAGAGAGAGAGAGAGAGAGAGAUCUGAUCAUAAAGAAUCAAUCAUCAUCAGCAAUGGGAAGGUCUCCGUGCUGUGACGAGAGCGGGCUCAAGAAAGGUCCGUGGACGCCGGAGGAAGACGAGAUCCUCGUCAAGUACAUUAAGAAGCACGGCCAUGGCAGCUGGAGAGCCCUCCCUAAACUCGCAGGUCUUAAUCGAUGCGGGAAGAGUUGCAGACUGCGAUGGACGAACUACUUGAGACCUGAUAUCAAGAGAGGGAAGUUCUCCCAAGAAGAAGAGCAGACAAUUCUCAAUCUCCAUUCCAUCCUUGGCAACAAGUGGUCAGCUAUUGCGAGUCACCUGCCGGGUCGGACCGAUAACGAGAUAAAAAACUUUUGGAACACCCACCUCAAAAAGAAACUCAUCCAGAUGGGGUUCGAUCCUAUGACUCACAGGCCGAGGACCGACAUAUUCUCGAGCUUGCCUCAUCUUCUAGCUCUGGCCAACCUCAAGGAGCUCAUGGACCACCACUCUCUCGAAGAACAUGCCUUGAGACUCCAAGCAGAAGCCAUGGCCAAGCUCCAAUACCUCCAGUGUCUCUUCCAGACGCCACAACAAACUUCCCCGCUCGUUAAUCCUAGCCCUACUUCGUCGAACAACAACCUUCUUAACGGCCUUAACGACAUGGACACUCUAAAGCUCUUGAGUUCACUCUCACAACCAGAGGCCUCCUGUGCGCCGUCAUCCAAUUUCGGGUCACUCUCUGUUAACUCACUCCAAGAGAAUAACUUCCCCUUCUCUCAUUUGCCCGAGCUACAAAACCCUUGUAGCUUCCAGACAACCCUGAACAAGGACAGUAACAUGGUUCAAGCUCAAGUCCCCGAGUUUACGGUCUUUGGUCAGGGUGAGGAUUCCCCGAACUCCCCCUGGCAGCUCCCCACAUCCUCGAAAUCAUCAUCUCCGGUUGCGAAGGAUGCCCCCAUAGCAAACACACAUGGGGAUGCCUGCAGUAGCUCGAGCUAUGAUGCAGCUUCUUGUUUGGGUUGGCCCGACAUAUUCCUCGAUGAGCCCUUGUUUCAGUCUUUACAAUAGGCGUGUCGAAAUCCGUAGAGUUCUCUGCUUCCCCCUUCUUAUAAAUUCACGUGUUUCAUAUGAUAAACAAAGCCAAACCUUGUUGUGCCUAGAAGGCAGACUCAUACAUCCACCGAACUGCAUGGAUCCUAUACCUCGUGUUGCCUCAGUCCGAGCAGGUCUCGUACGUAAUAUUACAGGUUGUUCAUCAACUUUACCUUUUUUUUCUUUUUUCUUCUUUUUUUUUCCUUUUGUAUAUCAUGAAACUUAUACCAUUGACAGUGAAGAUUAUCAUUUGUGUUCCAUCA